CAUUCAAGUGUUACUCCAUUACGUAUCAUAAGAAAGACGCUAGCAAUGGAGUUUAUGAUGUCUGAUGAGCUGCUUGGGACCUUUGUGCCGGUUUUUGUAUACUGGUUUUACUCAGGUCUCUAUGUUAUUUUGGAUGGCAAAGCCAUGAACAAGUACCGUCUCCACACAAGAGUAGAAGAGGAUGCUAAGAACCUAGUCUCGAAGCCUACUGUUGUCAAGGGUGUGCUCAUCCAACAAGCAUUCCAGAUCGCUGUCUCCCUUUCCUUGUUCACGAUCAUAAGCUAUGAUAGUGGAACGGUGAAGCCACAGCCCAGUUUGUUGGUAAUUGUGGUGCAGUUCUUGGUGGCAAUGUUUGUGAUGGAUACAUGGCAGUACUUCAUACACAGAUACAUGCACAUUAAUAAAUUCUUGUACAAGCAUGUCCACUCCAAGCAUCACACUCUUGUGGUGCCUUAUGCCUUUGGAGCUUUAUAUAAUCAUCCCUUGGAAGGCCUUCUCCUAGACACUGUCGGCGGUGCUCUCUCCUUCCUUGUCACUGGCAUGACUCCCCGGACCGGAAUCUUCUUCUUCUCCUUUGCUACCAUUAAGACUGUGGAUGACCAUUGUGGAGUGUGGCUCCCGGGGAAUAUCCUUCACUUGUUCUUCAGUAACAACAGUGCAUACCAUGAUGUUCAUCAUCAGCUUUACGGUAGCAAAUAUAACUUCUCUCAGCCAUUCUUUGUUAUGUGGGAUAAGAUUCUUGGGACCUACAUGCCUUAUUCACUUGAAACGAGGAAGGAAGGCGGGUUUGAGGCAAGACCCAUAAAGAAGGAUUAGAGGGGACGGGAGGAACUAUUCCCUGUUGUGAAUAUAUUAUAAUAUUUUUGUAUUGUUAUACUUUAUUUAUUUAAAGUAUUUUUGUUGUUCAUUUUAGUUUCCAGACAUAGUUACUUUGCUUUUCACACACAUGUUGAUAUGAGAAUUAACAUAUUGAUCUCUACCAAU